CCAGCCCCGAGCCCGGGGCCCCCCGACUCCCGCGCAGGUCGGGCGGGGGCGGGGCGUCAGGCCAGCUGAGCUAUCCCGUCAGACCGCGCCAGUUUGAAUGAAAGCUCCUCAAGAUGGCGGCGGCUGGGGCCGAGGCGCGAGGAGCUUGGUGUGUGCCUUGCCUAGUUUCACUUGAUACUCUUCAGGAAUUAUGUAGAAAAGAAAAACUCACAUGUAAAUCGAUUGGAAUCACCAAAAGGAAUCUAAACAAUUAUGAGGUGGAAUACUUGUGUGACUACAAGGUAGUAAAGGAUAUGGAGUAUUAUCUUGUAAAAUGGAAAGGAUGGCCAGAUUCUACAAAUACUUGGGAACCUUUGCAAAAUCUCAAGUGCCCGUUACUACUUCAACAGUUCUCUAAUGACAAGCAUAAUUAUUUAUCUCAGGUAAACAAAGGCAAAGCAAUAUCUCUAAAAGACAAUAACAAAGCUUUGAAACCUGCCGUUGCCGAAUAUAUUGUAAAGAAGGCCAAACAAAGGGUAGCUCUGCAGAGAUGGCAAGAUGAACUCAACAGAAGAAAGAAUCAUAAAGGAAUGAUUUUUGUUGAAAAUACUGUUGACUUAGAGGGCCCACCUUCAGACUUCUACUACAUUAAUGAAUACAAACCAGCUCCUGGAAUCAGCUUAGUCAAUGAAGCUACCUUUGGUUGUUCAUGUACAGACUGCUUCUUUGAGAAAUGUUGUCCUGCUGAAGCUGGAGUUCUUUUGGCUUAUAAUAAAAACCAGCAAAUUAAAAUCCCACCUGGUACCCCCAUUUAUGAAUGCAACUCAAGGUGUCAAUGUGGACCCGAUUGUCCCAAUAGGAUUGUACAAAAAGGCACCCAGUAUUCUCUUUGCAUCUUUCGAACUAGCAAUGGCUGUGGCUGGGGUGUAAAAACCCUUGUGAAGAUUAAAAGAAUGAGUUUUGUCAUGGAAUAUGUUGGAGAGGUAAUCACAAGUGAAGAAGCUGAAAGACGGGGGCAGUUAUAUGACAACAAGGGAAUCACAUAUCUCUUUGAUCUGGAUUAUGAAUCUGAUGAAUUCACUGUGGAUGCAGCCCGAUAUGGAAAUGUCUCUCAUUUUGUGAAUCACAGUUGUGACCCAAAUCUUCAGGUGUUCAAUGUUUUCAUUGACAACCUUGACACCCGUCUUCCCCGAAUAGCAUUAUUUUCCACAAGAACCAUAAAUGCUGGAGAAGAGCUCACCUUUGACUAUCAAAUGAAAGGUUCUGGAGAUAUAUCUUCAGAUUCUGUUGACCACAGCCCAGCCAAAAAGAGGGUCAGAACUGUGUGCAAGUGUGGAGCUGUGACUUGCAGAGGUUACCUCAACUGAAUUUUCAGGAAAUAGAGCUGAUGAUUGUAGUUUUGUUUUUUUUCUAAUGUUAACAUUUCAAAAAAGUAUUUGGGACUCUUUUCAUAUUAUCAAGAUUAUAUGCUAUGUUAAUUUACAGUUCAUAUUUCAAACUAUUGGCCAAAUGUAUUACUGAUGCUUCUGAAGAGAACAACACAGGGUCACAUAGACUAAUUUGAAAUACAUAUUUAGUAAUUAGGUACCAAACAUGAAAACUAUUUACAGAUGAGCAUAUACAUACAUAAAAAGUCUGUGUGAAUAAAGAAAUGCCUCCUUCAGUGUUUAAGCAUUGAACUGAUAGCGUAACAGUCACUAAGAUCAAAUAUUCAACCUGCGUACACCUUGAAUUUAGAGAAAGUUAAUUCAGUUAGGGCAAAUAUAUACAAGUGCUAUUCUGUUAUGUUGUCAUUCCCAUUAUUACUCACUGUACUUGUAUUUGAGACAGAUGAUACUAUAUACUAUUUUCCUACUUUCAUUAAAAUAUUGGGUCUUACUGAUACAUAAAUUUAAGGUUUAAAAUUAAAUAUAAAAAAUUUACAGCUUAAUUCAUAUUUUGAAGCAAUCUUGACUGUUAUGAGGCAUGUAUGUCUGAACCAGUAAUUCUUAAAGACUUUUAUUCCCUUAAAAGAAUAGUUUCCAAAAAGUUCUACAAUUCUAGAAUGGCUGGCCAUUAUGCUGCUUCGAAAGGCUGGGGCAGUGGGACCACAAAAGGGUUUUUGGAGUGCUGGGCAGAAGGAAGGGAGCACUUGAAGGGCCCCUCUUAGUAACAUGAAUUAAGAGAUCCAUGUUGAGUUCCUCUGGUCUAAACAUAAACAGCAAAACAAGCUACCCCUGAGUGCAGUUGCACCUAACAAUAAUGUUUCAUACAAUACAUUAAUAUUACAUUUCUGAAUUUCAGGCAGUUUUAACAUUUCCACCAAAUUUAAUUAUUUUUCUAUUUCCUGCAGGCUCUUAAAAUACUCUAUAUUUUGAACUGAUACUUAUUUUUUAUACAUGAAUUUUUUAAAUGUGAUAAAGCUAAACUUGGCUUGGCCAAAGUGUGUACCUGAAUAAUGAGAACUUUUUUUACUUAAACCAUGAAGACUGAAAUGGAAUAUAUUCCUUGGUUUUUGUUUUCCUGCAUAGUAAAACCUCAAUCAGGAAAAAAACGUGUUUUCAUCUCUGUCAUUGUGGCAUUUGUAAUCAUGGUGUCCAACAUGAAGGUAAAUGCAGCAAGUAAAUCUGGCUUUCAGUAUUACUAAUUAAAUUGUACCUAAGUUCAUUGCCCCAUUGCUUUAAUGACCUAAAAUAAGUUUGGGUAAAAUUGAACUGACUUCAAGAAUGCAGCACUUCAAAUAUCUUCUUAAUCUUUAACCUCUUUUUUGGGAGAAGCUACACUUUAUUAUGCAUUAUAUUGCUACCACAUGACUUUGCUCUUUCAUAAUACAGGGUAAAUUCUUUACAUGUUUGGAGUCUCAGUGUAUUAACCAAAAUCUGCAGAAGGUGUCAAGGAAAAAUACAUUUUUUGGUGCCAUUUCUUAUGUUUUCUUUAUGACAAAAUAGUCACAUGGUGUCAGUGGUGAGAAAGCAUCACAGAUUUACAGGUGCUCCAAUGGCCAAGCUUACUUUGAAUUAUAAUUUUUACAGGUUUAAAUAUGUAAUUUUAAUAUUCUUAAAAAGUCAGUGUUUUACUGUCCAGUUAUUCUUGUCUACUUCUUGUGUUAAAAAAAAAAUGUGAAACAGGAGGGCAAAGGGAAAGUGGCUAUUUUCAGUAAACUUGUUUAAUUUUGUCCUUAUUACUAGAAAUUUAAUGGGUCUUUGAGAUUUUAAUUACCUUUGUUAUCCUUAUUUUAUUAAAAAGCUGGACUUAAUCAGUAAAAUAGGAACUCCGUACAUGAAGCUGUUAAAAGCCUUUAAGUCAACAUUUAGCUUCUUUAGUUUCCCAAGUUAUCAGAAUUUGUUCUCUCAGUAUAAAUAUAGCCAAUAUUCAAGGGUAAUAUUUAGAUCGAGUUUAAACUGUAAAUCCACUGUGCAAGUUGUAUUAGUAUCAUUGUUUUCAGUACCUACAUGAGGAUCGUGAUACACAGUUGGUAAUCUCAGGGUCUUUUCCCCCUCUGUGCAAAAUCUAAACCGCAUUUUUCUUACAGUUCAUUUUUCUUUAGCAAAAUAAAUUUAGUUUGGCAUUUGAUUUUC